UCUGGCUGGCUGGCUGGGAGGGAUGGAAUAGAUAUAAUUUGACCUUGUCUGUUUCACCUCAUGCGCAUCAACCUUUAACAUUCAAUUGACAUGUCAUUUAACACGACAAACAGCACUUUGAGUGCGGAUCCGGGGACGGAUGAUGGGCAUCAUGUUGCAAUUGUCGUAUCCAAGAUCUUUCUCACGACAGCGGUAUUUUCUAUCAUUUCCUCCGCUGCCGUUGUGUAUUCAUACUUCAGCAAGCGUGAACUUCAAACCGCAUCGCUGCAUUUCGUCGCUGUAAUGUCAGUUUGUGACAUUGGGUUUGCUACAAAAUUCUUUGCAUCGGCAAUAAGUACCUUGCAGGGAGACGAUGCUGCCUCAUAUACCGGAACUCCUCUCUGUGAAUUAUCUGGGCAUGCGGGACAGUUUUUUGCCCUAUCAACUGUUCUUUGGAACGGUGUCUUGUCGGUAAACUUGUUCUUCCUCCUGUACCAACCACGAGCCUACAAGCCAGAUAUCUGGAUUAAGCGCUAUCACAUAUUUGUUUGGGGCUUUUGUGCCCUGUCUGCGGCGAUCUUGUGGGGUGCAAAGCAGAUCGGUUUUACUGAGGAUGGGACCUGCUGGAUUGAGGGCAAACGAAACUCCUACCGGCUCAUCUUCUACUUGCCUCUCUGCAUUAGUUUUCUAGUGUCCAUAGUAUCAGUCGCUUAUGCGACUUAUCGGCUGAACGCAUGUGGGAGCCCCCGAGUACUGAAAGCAGCUCGUUCAGCCAAGUCUGGUAGAAAGCGCAACCAACUGAUAAGGAUCUACUUUAUCACCAUUGUGUUUAUCACAGUGUGGAGCUGGUCCAUCAUCUUUCGAGCUACCGCAUUCAAUUCUGAUAGCCCACCACCAUUGUGGCUCAUUUACGUUCAGGCAUUCUUCCUCGGCUCUCAAGGACUGUUCAAUGCCGUAGCCUGGGGAGUGUCGCUGCUGUUCGCACGUGUCGGUCGUAACAACAACGGUCAAAAUAGUAGCAGUAAAAAAAGCAAAGAUGGUCAGCCGUCAGCUCCUGGAGGCCAGACUCAAACUCAGAUGCAGUCAGUGGGCUCUCCUAUCAGUAACCAAGGAGGACAUCUCAGCAGCGUAGAAAUAGACUCUGACGAAGACAUCAUUUGAGGGUCAUGAGUAGUCAUAGAGGUUCAAGCUAAUAUAAAAGUAAAGUACC